CCAGAAACAAAAGUUCAAAAAUAUUAACAUCAACUACCUAAAUGAGCCAAAAAUUAAAAUCUUGCAUUAUAGUUUAAAACCCAAGACAUUUGAGAAAGUCUUUCAUUUUUAUAAAUUCAUUUUCAUAGCCCGCCCAAUAGAACGAGGAAAUCAAACGCACCAUUGAUCGCCAGUUUACAUGAGUUGACAGGGUGGCGAUUUGCCGUUGGACGUUGGUCCUGCUAUUUCAUGAAUUCUGAUCAAAAUGUCAGGACAAACGGAAAGAAAAACAAAUGGAUUUAUAGAUACACAGAGUCAAGAAACUGCAACCUAUCUAAAGUAUUGCAGUUUAAUGACUCUUAUGCUUCAGAAUGCCGUCUUCAUAUUAAUGAUGCGCUACGUACGGACACGCCCAGGUGACAUGUUCAUGUCCACCACUGCGGUGAUCAUGUCCGAAUUUCUGAAAUUCCUGGCUUGCUUUGUGAUCCUAUUUUACAAGGAAGGGGGCGUGAAAGGAUUUCUUUCUAAUCUGAAUGAGAACAUUAUAAAACAACCUUUAGACUUUCUCAAGAUCUCUGUUCCCUCCAUUAUUUACACUCUACAGAAUAAUCUGCUCUUUGUUGCGGUCUCCAACCUAGAUGCUGCUGUUUUCCAGGUGACGUACCAGCUCAAGAUUCUGACCACAGCUCUUUUCUCCGUCAUCAUGCUGGGUAAACCGCUGAGCCGCCUGCAGUGGGUCUCCCUAUUCAUCCUUUUCUGCGGAGUGGCCCUCGUACAAAUUCAACCUACAGAUUCGUCCCAAAGUAAAGUCCCAGUAAAGCAGAAUCCCUUGUUAGGACUUAUAGCCGUCCUGGUACAGUGUUGUCUUUCCGGCUUCGCCGGAGUUUACUUCGAAAAGAUAUUGAAAGGUACCAAGCAAUCCAUCUGGCUCCGAAAUUUCGAGCUCGGAAUGAUUGGAACGAUAAUCGGAUUCGUCACCAUGGAGCUCAACGAUGGGCAGAAAGUGUCGGAGAAAGGGUUCUUUUUUGGUUAUGAUUAUGUCGUGUGGACCGUUAUAUGCCUGCAGUCCUUUGGGGGAUUGGUCGUGGCGAUCGUCGUUAAAUAUGCAGACAAUAUCCUAAAAGGUUUCGCAACCUCAGGUGCAAUUAUUAUAUCAUGUAUAGCAGCUAUUUAUUUUUUCAAUUUUCACUUGUCGUUACAGUUUUUUGUGGGGGCCAGUCUGGUCAUUAUUUCAGUAUUUAUGUACAGCAAGUUCGUACCCCAGAAGCCUACAGUGUUUCCUCCUGUCACACAGAAUGUUUGAUGCUAGUGGGUCAUUUAAUUUUAAUUGGGAUCUGCAAAUGUCACAAGGGUUUUCACAUCAUCAUAGACAUUAGAAUACUAUAUGUGAUAAAUGUGUAUCAUAUGAAUAUCUGUUUUAAUUAUAUGUUCAAUAUUUUGAAAUUAAGAUGUAUUACAUGUGUUAUUAGCUCACCUGAGCUGAAUUACAGCUUAAGUGAACUUUUCUGAUCACUGUUUGUCAGGCGUUUGUUCGUGUGACUGUUAACUUUUCAUAUUUUCAAAUUUUUCUCAAGAACCACUGGACCAAUUUUUACCCAAAAUGGUACAAAGAAUCUCUGGAUGAAGGGAAUUCUAAAUGGUUGAAAUAAAGAGCUAAGUCUCCUUCCAAGCAGAGAUAAUCAAUGAGAGGCAAAAAUAAGAUGGGGCCUUUGAAAUUCU